UGGUCCCGCCCCCUGACGGGGCGCGACGCUCGUGGUCACGUGACGCCGCCAUCCGGGUCCUUUGCCUUCUCUGCCUCGUCCCAACAUGGCGGCCCCAGCGGCAGCGAAGAAGAAGCCAAAGAAGGGGAAGACGCUGACGCUCACGGAUUUCCUUGCGGAGGACGGGGGGGGCGGGGGGGGCCCCACCUACAUCCCCAAACCCGUGAGCUGGGCCGAUGAGACCGAUGACCUGGAAGUCUCCACCACGUGGCACAGCAAUGACGACGACGUUUACCGGGCGCCUCCGAUCGACCGCUCCAUCCUUCCCACGGCCCCGCGCGCCGCCCGCGAGCCCAACAUUGACAGAAGCCGCCUUCCCAAAUCCCCCCCGUACACGGCAUUCCUGGGAAACCUGCCCUACGAUGUCACGGAAGAGUCCAUCAAGGAUUUCUUCCGAGGGCUCAAUAUCAGCGCCGUGCGGCUCCCACGGGAACCCACCAAUCCCGAGAGGUUGAAAGGUUUCGGAUAUGCGGAAUUCGAGGAUAUCGAUUCCCUGUUCCAGGCCCUGAGCCUCAACGAAGAGUCUUUAGGAAACAGAAGGAUACGAGUGGAUGUGGCGGAUCAAGCUCAGGAUAAAGACCGGGAUGAUCGCUGCUUCGGCAGAGACCGGGAUCGCUUCCGGGACUCGGAGCGGUUCGAGAGCGACUGGCGCGCGCGUCCGGCCGCUCCCGACGCCUUCGAUGACUUCCCCCCGCGCCGGAGUGACGAUGGAUUUGGGGACAGAUAUCGUGAUCGCUAUGACGACCGGUAUCGGGACGGGCCACGGCGGGACAUGGAUCGCGGCUUUGGGAGCCGGGAUCGCUAUGAUGACCGCAGCAGGGAUUACGACCGAGGCUAUGAUUCCCGAAUAGGCAGUGGCCGGAGAGCCUUUGGAAGCGGCUACCGCCGGGACGACGACUACCGUGGCUACGAGGAUCGCUAUGACCGGCGGGAUGACCGGAUGGAUCGGUGGAAUUCCCGGGACGAUUACGGCCGGGAUGAUUUCCGCCGCGAGGACAGAGGUCCCACCCAGAGACCGAAGCUCAACCUGAAGCCCCGGAGCGCUCCCAAGGAAGAGGAAACUUCCGGAGCUCCUGCUGCCCAAUCCAGCCGGGCCGCUUCCAUCUUCGGGGGGGCCAAGCCCGUGGAUACGGCAGCUCGGGAGCGGGAGGUGGAGGAGCGUCUCCAGAAGGAGCAGGAAAAGCUCCAGCGGCAGCUGGAGGAUGACAAGAGGAUUGACAGACGGCCCCGGGAAAGGCAUCCGAGCUGGCGGAGCGAGGAGAACCAGGAGCGAUCCCGGACAGGCAGCGAAUCCUCGCAGAGCGGCCCCGCGGGACCCCCGGGAACGUCAGCGGGCUCGGGCCCCACCGGCCGGACCACGCGGAGGAGGGAGAGCGAGAAAUCCCUGGAAAAUGAGCCCCUAGGAAAAGAGGAGGAGCCGCCCUCACCCCCCCCCAAAUCCCGGGAGGAGAAGCCAAAGGUGAUGCCGGCGCCGCCUCCCAAGGAGAACGCCUGGAUGAAGCGGAGCAGCCAGAACCCCCCCGGCAAUUCCCAGAGCUCCGACUCGGAGCAGCCCUCCCCAACCAGUGGGGGCCCCCCUGGCUCCUCCCAACCUGGAGAUGAUGGGAGGACCCCCCAGAGGAGAGAGGAACCGAAGCCGGAGGGGGGUCGGGAGAGCAGCUCCAAGGGCCGGAGCUGCAGCCGUGGCCCCCCGGGAAUGGGGGACCCCGAGAGGAGGGACCCCCGGAAGGAGCACGAGCCAAAGAAACUGGAGGAGACCCCCCCCUCCUUCAGCCACGAGCAGUCUGAGACCCCUUUUGGGGAGGGCUGUGACCCCCCUUUUUGGGGUGCAUGACCCCCUGGGGAUGUUCAUCCCUUCACAUCUUGUUUUUUGGGGGGCUUGGGGAAUUUUUUUCAAUCAUGACCCCCCUGGCUCUCCCAGCUCAACCACCCCAACCACUCCAGAUGUCUCUGACCCCUUUUGGGGGACUGUGACCACCUGGUUUUGGGAUGUGUGAGCCCCUGGGGAUCUUUAUCCCCCUCAAAUCCCAUUUUUGGGCGUUUUUCCUGGUUUUCCCUGCAGUUCAGCCACGCCAGCAAAUACGCCGCGCUCUCCAUGGAUGGGGAGGAUGAAGGUGAUGAUGAAGAAGGAGCUGAG